AUGUCCUUCUCUCCUUGCAAGCGGCGGCGUGAUACCGUCCUCUUCCUGCUUCUCCGAUUUCGCCACCGUCGUCCAUAUCCUUUUUCCGCCUUCUUCCAUCUGAUGCCUUUAUCUUCUUCACCUGUCUUCGAUUCGUGGAUACAACAGUUCACGAGUCAACACCUCGUCGCUCUCUCCUCCAUGAAACCACCGUCUCACACUCCCCAUCUCUUGUCAAAUCAGCAGCGGCUUCAAUUCAACCUUCUAUUCUCUGUCCUCUUCAUGCUCCCCUCACAACAUCUCCAACCUUUCUUUUGUUUCAAGUCGUCUCGCCUUUAUCUCAUCUACGAUUCAACCUUCCGGCUCCCAUCAAUCGGCCUUCGACACCUCACAGUGACUUCAUCCUCUCCAUUGAUCUCUCUGUUCACCGAUCUUUGUCUGCACCGUUACAAUUCCCUCGAUGUUCUUCUUCUUCUUUGUUCUUAUUUCGCUUACUCAUGA